UUCAACAAGAAAAUUAUGCUGAUUCUCUCGACUUGAAAAGUUACUCAAUAAUUCACCCACUUACACUUUUGCUUCAUAAAAUAUUGGUUUCGUCUUACCUACCGCCAGCCUUUUCUUUCUGUAUAUAUACCUUUCUGAGUUACAGUAUAUCUCUACCCUCAAACCCUUUUAUUAUAUGCCAGUCUUUUCGCUUCAAAUCCCAUCUCAAUCUUCGUUUGAGAAUUGAGAGAGACGUCCCUAUGGGCUCAAAUACCAGGAGCCUUCAGGCUAAUAUUCUGGGUGCACCAGGGGUUAGGGGGAAGAGGGUCACCCAUUUGUCAAAAGAUGGUUUAACUGAUUUCAUGCAAUCCAUCAUUUUCAAUAAACAAAAUGACAAAGAACCCUUUUACGUACUUGAUUUAGGAGUGGUCGUUUCCCUCAUGGACAAAUGGACUCGUGCCCUCCCCAUGGUUCGUCCCUUCUACGCCGUCAAGUGCAACCCCGACCGGGCUCUUCUAGGCACACUUGCGUCUCUCGGCUCCAACUUUGAUUGUGCGAGCCGGGCUGAGAUUGAAUCCGUUUUAUCCCUCGGAGUUUCACCAGAACGAAUCGUUUAUGCUAACCCUUGCAAAGCAGAGUCCCAUAUACAAUACGCUGCUAGCGUAGGUGUCAAUCUAACAACUUUUGACUCGCGAGAUGAAUUAGACAAGAUCAGAAAGUGGCACCCGCUAUGUGGUUUAUUGAUCCGAAUCAAGGCUCCGGAUGAUGGUGGAGCUCGUUGUCCACUGGGGCCUAAGUACGGGGCACUCGCUGAAGAAGUCAAGCCUCUUCUCCAAGCUGCCCAAGCUGCACAUCUCAAAGUUGUUGGAGUUUCUUUCCACAUAGGAAGCGGCGCUACAAAUUCUCGCGCAUAUAGAGGAGCCGUAGCAGCGGCAAAAACUGUGUUUGAAGCUGCAUCCAGGCUUGGCAUGCCUAAAAUGAACGUGCUUAACAUAGGCGGCGGCUUCACAGCUGGCCUUCAAUUUGACGAUGCGGCUGUAGCAAUCAGAUCCGCUCUCCAAGCUUAUUUUCCAAACGAGCCGGAGUUGAAAAUAAUUUCAGAGCCGGGUCGGUUCUUUGCAGAAUCGGCUUUUACACUAGCCACAAACAUUAUCGGGAAACGUGUUAGGGGCGAAUUAAGAGAGUACUGGAUCAACGAUGGUAUUUACGGUUCCAUGAAUUGUCUCUUAUACGAUCAUGCAACGGUCACGUGCGCGCCUCUAUCGUGCGCUUCCAAUCGUGGAAAUCCUACCUGCAAAGGGUUGAAGAGAUACAGCUCAACUGUUUUUGGUCCCACAUGCGAUGCGCUUGACACCGUCUUGAAGGGUCACCAGUUGCCGGAAUUGCAGAUUAACGAUUGGCUGGUGUUCCCCAAUAUGGGAGCUUAUACAGUAGCUGCUGGGUCCAACUUCAAUGGAUUUAAGACUGGAGCAAUUCUCACAUAUCUUGCUUACUCCAGUUCAAGCUAGCAUUGCAUUACAUAAUUUACAUUUGCUUUUUUUUUUUUUUUUUUUUUUUUUUUU